ACGAGAUGAAAAAUACUGCUAAUAUUAGUACUGGUAGGUAUGCGCGGGCAGUUUUCAAGCAGCCAAGCAGAGUCGCGGAGCCAGAGGUUCCCCUGAAUCAGAGCGCUGCGGUUUUUCUGGGAGGUACUAAUAAGACAGACUCCGCAGCAGUCGCCGCCUCUGGAAGUACAAUCAACAAUACUCGGAUCCAGAUUAGCUCGCAGCCGAACACCACAAACUCGACUACGAAGGCGGACGCCUUUACCUGGUGGCUAGGUCUUCUGAGUGACUUGAACGAGGAUACAGAGGGCGAGACUUUGAACGCGACGGCAGCGAAUGCUUCGAACUUGAUGUCAACGGGCGACGCAAACACGACAGAGACUGGUGACGAAGACGACGACGAGCAACUUAGAACGCUGAACAACAGUAAUGCUACCAUUCCGGGUGACGCACUAGGUGUCGCGCCCGCAGACCUUGUUGACGAAGAUAUGCGCGGACAGUUCAUUCUUCUGAGCUUGACAUUGUUUGCCCGAACCCAUGCACUCUCUGGGUCUACUGCUGCCCUCCUACCGGUGACCGAACGACCUAACAUGACGCUGAUUCCCAUCACAGAAUUCGUCGACGGCGAUGUUCUGCACUUUCGCUGCCCAAAUGAAGAUGACGAACUCUGGGGAACCCUGAAUGCGGAUGCGGACGAUCCGCAGCGAGUAAUCACGACGCGCUGCCAAAGUGCAAAAGAUCCAGACUCUAAUAAACCGCGACCGAUAAGCUUUUUGCGCUUUCCGAUUCGUGAAGUUCUCGUGUACCGGGAUGUUGCUACUGGAGGCAUGAGCGCACCAGUUUCGCUAUUGUACGAGUAUCGCGCUCCCGGGGGGUCGGCUGUGCAUUACGUAGCGGCGCGCAAGAACUACUACCGCGAUCCGGCGUCAGCCACCGCGACUCCUGGUGCAGACGACUUGGGUCUCUUCGUCUUUGACACCGCAAUCAACAGCUCUUGGCAGCCGCGUGUGGGACUGGAUGGCCUAGUGUACAAAGUUCGAUUCCAGCAGCCCACAUCCUAUCCCGCGAGCAAUAAUCUAGAUGGGA